UUAAGACGUCAUUUAAUGUUUUGUAAACAAUUCGCAAGUGGCUAGGAAAAUCGAAAUAGAGUUGAAAGCAAAAAAUAUAAAAUGCGAGUUGCAGGUGGCGAUUUCAUAUAUGUAUAUAAUGUGAAUUGCAAUUUUUAUUUGACUAUGGGAAUCAUAUAAAUAAAAUGCUAACAAGGCAUUUAAAUGUGUUAGGAACUAUCGCUAUUUCAUUACGUUGUAAUGUUGGUUUUCCAUAUGGAGAUAUUUAAAAAAAAGCUAUGAGUUACGACGAUGUUAACAUUAGCAACAAAGCAGUAACGAAUAAAACAGAGUAUAUAACGAAAAAGAGGUGAAGCUCUAAAUAGAGCAACGGGAAAAGUUGUUUGUCAACUUGUGGCGUCCCCCAUUUUCAUCAAUAAAAGUGUUACUAGGUUGGUUCAUUGUAUCAAUAAUAAUUUAUAAAGAUCUUUGAAUUAAAUAAAAUAUAAUUGUGCAAAUACAAUGUCCACUGUGACUCGUAGUGCAAGUGCGAGCCCAUCUGUUGGUCAUUCUAAUAAUCAACAAAAUCAGCAUAACCCAACGGAGAGACAAAAUUUUCCCCAUUCAGUAGUUGAUCCUAGUAAUUUUCCCCUUAAAUCUAUAACCGAUGUUGUCAAUUUUUUUCGGAGAUCACUUGAAGCGGGUUCCUCAGCAGGUGGAAGUGAACCCGAUUUAACAUUGCUUUCAAUUGUUGCCGGUUAUAUCGAGCUUUCAUUAACUACAGGCGACGCUGCAUUAGCUGCGGAACAUGCAUUAUCAAAUGCGGCUUCGAAUACCACUAUAUCUUCACCUCCACUUCUUGCAGCUGUUGUUGGCAGUCCUUUAUCAUCAGUUUCUUACUUAGCACAAAACUGUGGCAUUAUAAAAAGCAACAGUGUACCUUUUCCAGUUGUAACAUACGAGCUUGUCUCAGGUUUAUAUAAGAAAUUUCAAAGCAUACUCUCUGUUGUUGAUAAACCUAAAUCAGCUCAAAAUCGCCAAGCAACACGUGAAAUCAUCAAAAAAGUGUCUGAUGUAAUAUGGCACUCAUUAAUAAGAAGCAGUUAUAAAGAUCGAGCUCAUUUACAAAACUUAUAUAGUUAUUUAUCGGGCAAUAAGUUGGACUGUUUUGGUGUAGCGCUAGCUGUUGUCGCUGGUUGUCAAUUGUUAGGGUAUCGUGACGUACAUCUGGCUAUAUCUGAGGAUCAUGCUUGGGUUGUAUUUGGCUCCAAGCAAAUUGAAUGUAUCGAAGUGACGUGGCAUGGCAAAGGAAGUGAAGAUAAACGCGGACAGGACAUAACAGCCGGCAUAGAAUCUGGUUCGUGGUUGUAUCUCAGUGGAGUGCCAGUUGUAUGUGAUAGAGCUAUGGAAGUUGCUGCUGUUGUAUCAGCUAUAAAUAUAUCAAUGACAACUAAUAGCGAUUGCGUUGAAGUUGCAGAUAUGCAACAAAAAUUACUUUGGCUAUUGUAUGAUAUGGGUCAUUUAACAAAGUACCCUAUGGCAUUGGGAACACUUGGUGAAUUAGAAGAAAUCUCUCCCUCACCUAAACGAAUAUCUUGUGAACAACUUUAUAAGGAGGCAAUACAGUCAGCACGCACAUUCUACCACAAUCAUCACGUUUACCCUUACACUUAUCAGGGAAAUUUUUAUAAUCGACUUUUGAAAUAUCGUGAAGCGUUUGCUUCUUGGGCCAAUGCGGCGGAUGUCAUACGCUUAUAUACAUACAGUUGUCGCGAUGAUGAGGAAAUAUAUAAAGAACUUUUGGAUAUUGCAAACGAGAUGAUACCACAUGUUAUGAAGACAGAAAGUUCGGGUCAUUCUGCAAGAAGCAUUCUACGCGAUUCUGAAGUAUUUGCAAAUUUAUUGCGAUUCUAUGAUGGGAUUUGUCAGUGGGAGGAAGAUAGUUUAACACCAAUACUACAUAUUGGCUGGGCUAAACCGCUAGUAAACAAUAUAACAAAAUUCGAUUAUGACAUAAGAUCACAAGUAGUAAUUAAAGUCCCGGAAGAUGAAGAAAUUGCAUCUACAAAAAAAUCAAGUGAAGCAACAACUUCCUCAUUAAAGGAAGAUACAACAGCUAAUGAGGCGCCGAAAUUGGAAAGGAAACAUGUAAUUGUGGAUGUAAAGAAAGAUGAAACAAAUAACUGUAAUAUCAAUAAUAAUAAUUUCAAGAAGGAAGAGAAGUCUUCGGGGGAUGUGAAAAAAGCCGAUAUUACAGCCACAUUAGCAGAUUUAACUGCCGCGUGUGGUGAGAAAAUCUUAAAUCCAGAUUUUUUAUUACAGGGAGGAGGCGAGCCUUUUGCUGAACAAAAGAAACACAUGGAACAGCGACAGAAUGUCUGUAAAAAUGAUUCAACAAAUGGCAUAAAAAAUGUGCCGAAUAAAGAUACUCUUGUCACAAAUGUCGUCCAAAUGGAUAUAUCAAACACCAAUACUAAGUCGUUGCAAGGAAAUGAAAAAGAAUCAUGCGCAGAGAUAAAAACACACUCACCUACCGAUGAGGAUCCCUUCGAGUUUAUGAUGAAACGUCCGGUAAUUACACUUUAUAGUCAGAAAAUGAAGGGUCUGAAAGACCUGUUGUUGGCCGAAAAAUUAAACACUCAUGCAAUUUCGCUGCAAGUUACCGCCCAAUCUGUGGCGAGCAAAAAGAUACGAGGAAUUGAUAAGCUGGGUAAUCACACGACAACUUCAACGUACGCCACAGCUCAUGUACCAGGCAAUAAUUUGCAAUCACUUCAUACAAAUUAUAAUGCAGUUUUAAGCGAUAGCAAUACCAAUUCAAAUGAUAAUGGUAGCGCUGCUACUACAAUUGCUGCUUCACGCCCUAAGCGCUCGCGACGCGAAUAAAUAUUUUGGCAGAGGUAAGCACACUAAAAAUGCUGUAAGGAAGCUUCUUCUUCUAUAUGUAUAUGUAUGUGUAUAUAGAUGCUGGCUAUGAUAGGGUUUUAUAAAUAUUUAUACCUAUUUUUUGUAUUUUUAAUUUUCAUAACAUUUCCACAUGAGUCGUGCUUUAGCAAAAAUUUUUCCAAUUUUAUAUAAUACAUAUGUAUGUAAUCAGAUAUGAAAAUCAUAGAGCAUUUAUUCGUUGAAAACUUUCGUUGAUUAUAUAGAUCUUCGGCGCAUUUAACCUUCUUUGUAAAAUGUUUUUGAUUUUGAACCCUUUAUCACUGAUCAUUUGAGAUGCUCAAAUAGGCCAAUCCCGGUAUUGGGACUAAUACUAUUAUAUUUCUGGUAUAUAAGAAUAUUUUCUUCUUUAGAGAUGAAUAAUACGGAAAAAUAGUUGGAAUAAAGUUGACAGUAACAACGCAACCACAGAACGAUCGUUUUCGACUUAAAGGAGACCCAAAAGUUAUCUUAGGAAUACGAAAUACAAAAUUAUUAAUUUUCGUGUAUCAAACCCGGAAACUUUCCGCCACUGUUGUUGCCACUAUUCGCCAAAAUUGAAAUUUUGGAUUAUAAAACUUGAUUAUAUUUUCAUAAUAUUUUUUUUAUGGAAAAGUUUUUGCAAGUACGUCUUUGUCAUUUAUAUCUUCUUUUCAAUCUUAGAAAAUAUUUUAAAUAAAGAUUUAAUACAAGCCAUCUUCGAUUGGCCCAAACUUGGAGAAUGACAAAUCGAACACACUACUAGCAUAAAUCAAAUAGACUGACAUAAGGAAAUAGGGUUAAAAUAGAGAGAUGUUCUACUCUCUUAUAAUGAAUUGAUUUGGUUAACUUUGUUGUUGCUUUGACAUGUAAAUUUGAGAGCAUAGCUCAGAACAUUACGAACACAGAAGUGGCGACUAAUUUUUUUACUACUAUUUACCGAACCAAAUAGUUAGAUCGCC